AUGGUAUUCCGAAAGUAUAGACCUGUUAAACAAUGGGGAAAAAUGGACACCCGGAUAUUCAAAGCGAUUCUGAAAGCACGAAAUAACAGAAAGAUGCAGGCUUUCAAUGUACCUGCUGCUGUUAAAGCUGCCGGAAUCACUGUAUGUGAUCCAAAUGAACCGUCGUUUUUCACGCCUAUAACACGGGCGGCGAACACUCUCCCGGAUCUUCGCGAAACUCACCCGGCUUUUCGUGUUCCAUCGAUUGAGGAGCAUCCACUCUACCAUAAAGUCCGGUGCUUUCUGUUUGAUGGCACUGUUCCGAUGAGUGACGGUAUCGAUCAGGCAGCCGUGCUGAGCAAAGCUAUAGUGAAAACGGAAUUACCAGAGACUGUGCGUGAUGCAAUUCUUCACGGUGAAAAGUACGACCCAACACUGGAGAAGUUGCCACGUCGAUUCGAUCCAGUACUAUUUUGGGUACAUCAUCCUGUUGUGUACGGUACUCCGGUAUUAAAGCGACUCUUCGAUCGCGAUGAACCAAUAAGUGGAACUUUGCCGAAUAUCGGUUCGUUCGCAGAAAAUCCACUUGUGCUUCGUUUCCAACCUGAUGUAUGCUUGCAAGUUUCGAAACCGGUUACUCCAUGGUGCAAUAGGAGAGAAGUUGAAGAAACUAGCCACAUGCAGUUGCCAAGCAUUGCCCCCUUAUCACCAUUGAUCGAUUUGGGGUCUGAGCACAUCUACAAUGAAUCAGGCGUGGUCCCACGACCUAAUGCUGAAGUGUCGCUCCAUACAGUGUUGUGGUCACGUGAGCAAAAUCAGAAGUAUCCAUGGACAAAAGAACAAAAUGCAGGUAAUGCAGUGCUUCAUACAUUUGGUGCUGCUGUAGCUGAGGCAUCAAGGAGGAGAAGAAAUUUGGACGAAGAUCCAGUGGUGGUGAAGGGUAUACAACUUGUAGACGGGAAACUGGACAUUGUGGUUUUUCAGUUGAAUACAACGGAUUUAAGUACUGAAGGGCGAAUUAAAAAUAUCGUUUGGGUUGAAAAAGGUUGUCCGUUAUAUGAACCGAAACCUUUUUAUGAGCAACUGACGAAAAUCGACCAUGUUAACAUGGAUACAUUCAAAAAAUUUGUUGCUGUUUUAUGGAAUAAGUGA